AUGCGGUCAAAACCCGAGCUUGCUUCAAGCAACAUUAACUUCAUCUUUGGUCGACUGAGGGUUGACUUGCUAUCGACGCUGCACCCAUCCGCGGUCCAGUCGUUCCAGCUAUGGCAAGUCUUUACGAGCAACGUCCACCCCUUGACAAAGGUCCUCCACGGACCUUCUGUCCGGGAAGAACUCCUGCGGUCGCUCGCCGAGCCCUCCCCAAUCGAUAGUCCCACCGAAGCACUGAUCAUCUCCAUUUAUCUCAUCGCUGCCGUCUCCCUGACGGACGACGAGUGCCACAACCUGCUCGGUGAGACAAGGAAGAAGCACCUGGCUCGGUACUGCCACGCCACCGAAGCGGCGCUGAGCAGGGCCAACUUUCUCAGGUCAACCGACUUGAAGGUAUUGCAGGCCUUCACUCUGUACUUGCUCUCCCUCCACCACCUUUGCGAUCAGGACAUCCUGUGGCUUCUGACGGGGCUGGCAACCCGCAUGGGCCAGAGGAUGGGCCUACACCGUGAAAGCUCACUGAGAGAUCUCCCGCCCUUCGAGGCCGAGCUGCGGCGUCGCGUCUGGUGGCAGAUAGUCAUCCUGGACGGCCGGGCAGCCCAACUGAAGGGUGCUACACUGGGCCCCGAGAACCGACUCUACGGCGACGCGAGCCCGCCGGUCGGCAUCAACGACGGGGACCUCGUUCCCCCUAUGAGCUCGCUGCCCCGCUCAUCAUCAUAUGUACCCACGGAGGUGGUCUUCUGUGCCGUUCGAAUCGAGAUCGGCGCGACGACGCCCGAGAACAAAAUCAAGCUUCUGCGAUCCAUCGAUGAGCUCGAGGGCCACCUCGAGGAGCGCUACCUGCGCCACAUCAACGCCGAUAUCCCGCUGAACCUCUUGACCACACACCUCGCCCGCUCCGCAGUGUGCCAGCUGAGGCUAUCUGUCUACCACCCUAUCCGCAACCCUGAGGAGGCGGCCUCGGGCCUGAGUCUGGAACAGCUCGACCUACUCCUAGAGAACAGCCUCGAAGUGGCACGGUACUACAUCGUGGCUCGAGCCAAUGGAUCACUCCAGCGUUACGCCUGGCACGUCUCUAGCUCCUUCCCCUUCGAGAGCUUCGUCGUGCUCGUCGGCACGCUGUCCCAGCGGCCAGCGAGCCCGCUUGCUGACGCUGCCUGGCCUGGAGCCGGCACGUCUCGGGCAAUAAGGGCCAGCGGUCUGAAACCGUCCAUGGGACCGCCGUUCAUAAGAAACCUUCUACGCCGGCGGCCCGCGCUGUGCCGCGGUUCCCAGUCCGAGCAAAAGGCCACGACGGCCAUGAACUGCACUGGCCAUACGACGCCGCAAGGUCUGCAAAAGAUAAGUCACCUGCCGGAAUAUGAUGGCUGUGGUCUCGGAGCCUCACAAAACCGGUCACCGCAAGGAGAUAGCUCGACCGUGGAUGCGGCCGGCGACGAAAUCUCCUCCAUUAUCGAUGACAUGGAUAUGGAUUGGAGCUUCUGGAAGAAGCUGCUGGAUGGCAACGCGCAAGCCGCCGAGAUACACAGGAAACCUACUCUUUCUCUUCCUUCAUGA